GCUGGCGGCAAAUAGCGUGGUUAGCGCACGGCUGCUAGGCAAGCCUAGGCCCCACUGCCCCACUCGCUAGCGCGCAGCGGUCCGCGGGGGUAGGACAUGUCGGGUUACAUUAAUUUCGGUUGCCCGAAUGGCGUCAACGGCGGCACCGACUUGCCGGACUCCUUCCAUCGUGCACCACCCGAACCCAAGAGCCACGCCAACGUCGUUCUCGGCGCGCAGUGGGGCGACGAAGGCAAGGGCAAGAUCGUCGAUCUCCUGGCCAGCGAGGCUCACAUAGUGUGCCGGUGUCAGGGUGGCAACAAUGCGGGGCACACGGUUGUCGUGGAGAAUAUCUACUACGACUUCCACCUCCUUCCCAGCGGGCUGACCAACACAAAAUGCACAGGCGUCGUCGGCAACGGCGUGGUCAUCAACGUUCCACAGCUCCUCGAUGAGAUCAAGACUAAUGAGGAGAAGGGACUCCAGAUCUCGUCUCGGCUACUAAUUUCAGACCGAUGUCAUAUAGUUUUUGAUUUCCACCAGGCGGUUGAUGGGCUCCAGGAAAUUGAAAAGGGUGCCAAAAGUCUUGGUACCACAAAAAAGGGCAUCGGUCCAACCUAUGCAUGCAAGGCUUCAAGGACAGGGCUGAGGAUGGCAGAUCUGGUUGGCGACUUUGCUGUAUUCGAACAGAGGUUCCGGAGUCUGGUGUCCACAUACCAGCGGCUAUUUCCUGCCCUCAAGGUUGAUCUCGACGCGGAGCUCGUCAAAUACAAGGAUCUGGCAAUGAAACUGCGGCCGUUCGUCAUCGACACUGUGUCAUACCUGCACGACGCCUUGUCUGAAGGCAAGAACGUCCUUGUCGAAGGUGCCAACGCCUGCCUCCUAGACAUUGACUUUGGGACAUACCCAUUUGUGACGUCUUCAAACUGCACUGUGGGCGGAGUCUGCACAGGCCUCGGCAUUCCACCACGAGCCAUCGGCCACGUGUACGGAGUUGUCAAGGCCUACACGACACGGGUCGGCGAUGGCCCUUUUCCCACUGAACAGAAGAAUGAAAUCGGUGAGCGGCUACAAACUAUUGGUGGGGAAAUUGGAGUCACGACCAAGCGAAAACGGCGGUGCGGCUGGCUUGACGUAGUGCUGCUUCGUUACUCCAGCAUGAUCAAUGGAUACACUGCGCUGGCCCUGACCAAGCUCGACAUCCUGGACACCUUUGAGGAGAUCAAGAUUGGCAACGCCUAUCGGAUAGACGGCAAGGUGUACAAGUACCCACCAGCGAGUGCCGACGAGAUGUCCAGGGUGCAAGUUGACUACAUGGUCAUGCCCGGCUGGCGAACAUCGACGUCCGAGUGCCGGAAGUACUCUGACCUACCUGCCAAUGCCCGCCUCUACGUUGAGACCGUCCAGGAGCUGCUCGGCGUUCCGUUCAAGUGGAUCGGCGUUGGAAAGUCUCGUGCAGCCAUCAUCACAAUUCCUUGAUGAGUGGCACAACGACAAGACUGCGCACUGCACGUGUUGACGAUGAACUUAGCACACUUAAAAAGAGCCGAGCUGUUUUAUUUUUUCUCUUUGUUUCCCUGCCCUUGUUGUUUUUAAUUCAUUGUUGUUUUAAAACGAAAAUAUCCAGUCAUUGUUGUUCACCAGCCAUCAUUGAUGUGGUUGCUGCUUGUUCAGGUCAGCCCUCAGCAGCAAGUUGCAUUCAAGAAACGACGUUCUCCACACUUUCUGAUGCAUUUUUGUGAUGCGCAGCUUGGCAGAAUGCUGCAGCGUUAAAUACCACCCCACUUGUUCCAUAGCAGCCAUUUGUCGAUGCAUUGAAUUGACGGCUGUGUUAAAUUUCCCACUGCCUUGCACAAAUUUGUUAAAUUGAGAACUUCAGUAAAUCUAAAUCGCCUAUAACAUUCGUGAUAAUGUGAUUUCAUUGUGAGCCAAAAAGGUCAUUUUUGCCCGCACGUGCAUUUGUUGUAGACAGAGAGCCCUUUCAGCUUGUCUUCUGUUCUUUGUGGGAGAAACAAACGUCCUGAACAAAUCAAUCGCAUCCAUCGCCAACUUGAAACCUGGCAUAUCCAUGUUACCCCUAUUUUUCCCCCAAAUCUUUCAGGCUAGACGUAGACUUCACUACGUUGCUUUCAGUUUUUAGGCUUUACAAAUAUGUGUCUGGGAAUUGAAAGCGUUUUGUUAAAUCAAAAGUGUUGCAUAAUUGGGUUUUAUUAAAUCAAGGUUUAGCUGUAUAAGGUUUUAGUGACAGGGUUAUUUUGCUUUGUUCCAUAUAUUCAAGGUCGAACAUCAAGCCUGUGAUAAUCACCAGGCAUUGUGCUCACAAGACUACAUAAAAGCAUUUGCUCAUUGGUUGGUGCAAAGGUACCUGCCGUUCAUAAAAGCGACUGAAGUGAUAACAACAUGGCCGCCACUUGCAGACAGCACUUAACAAAAGAGAAGCUUUGUGAACACAGGCCUAGAUUAGGUUUCCUGGAUAUUUAUGUGCAGAUUGCAUUGUACAAAGACUGUCACUGGGACUUCGUGGCUGUUUAGAUUGAAAUGAAAUCAGCUGUUAUAAUGGCAGUUGAAAACAUUAGCAGGGAGAUGGUUGCUUUGAUGAGGAACUAGAAUUUGUGUGCUUUGUUUCUACACGGGAAAUGACAUUACCGAAAGUCGAAACCCUUAUAUAGCUAGGAACAGGUGUGCAGAAAUGCACCGAGAACUGCCAAGAACUUCUAUGAAUCAAGAACUUGUUACUUUCUUGGUGUGGCCGUACACUUUAUUGGAUGGGAGCACCAUCAAAUAUGGGCUGCAACAUACCUAGCUAAUCAUUUGCUGCUAUGCCAUCCAUUUCUCUGUGACUGAGAUGUAAUCAUUUGAGGAUCUCCGAGUUUGUACUUAGUAGUAUGUACUUAUUAGGGAGUUUUAGCAUAUCACUUUUGUUACCAACGCACUUGUCAGCUUUGAGUAUGCUACUUAGUCCAUGCUAGGUGUAUGUGUGAUGCGGCAUGCCUUGCACAUGCAGAACUGGCAGCUGACCAAAGCAGCAACAGUAGAGCAUUAGCGGCAUGCUAAACCUCUCUAAAAAUGUCUGUAACCAUUAGCGCUGCAUAAGUUGGCAUUGCGCUGAACAGACAGCUUCAGUUACACCCCAGUGAUAGAGUUAGUCUGUUAAGGACCUUCACCCAAAUGGUGAAUACACAGUUCUGGUGGUGUGGCUAAUCUCGCCGCCAUUUGUCUUAAAGUGCCAUAGAAGUGCACCAGAAAGAUUAUCCACAAAUUGGGUCAUUUCUUGCAAAUCUUGUCUUGUGUAGGAGCAUGUAAGAGACAGUUACAGGAAUUUGCUCAUGUACAGUAACUUCACUAAGCCACUACUGCAAUGUCUACAUGAGGAGUGCCUACAUGCUUUUAUUUAAAUACGUGUCUAUGUGGGCGAUUGCCUGAAGAAAAGAAGUGGUCACUGGUAGGUGCUCAAGCACCUCCCACUUAUGGCAGUAAUUGGCACGAUAAAGAGACGAUUUCCGCAGCAACGGCCAAUUGCAGAUUGCACGCACCUUAGAGAAGUUCUCAGUCUGAGGCCCAAUCUGGAAAGGAAUAGGCUCUUUUUGUUGUUGUUAAGCCUGGCAGCCUGUGUUUGAACAAAAAGCAUGGCUGUAUGAAUGCAGUACCUCCAUAUGUCAAAUUACACUGGCUAAAGCAUUAGUCCUGCUUCACGUUAUCACUUGUGUUAGAUCUGUGUUAAUAGGAAAGUGUGGAUGUUUGCCGCAAAACUGUGAUGUCGCUGCAGUGAGACUGACCUGGGAAACUCUUGUGUAGUCAUCUGUGUGUGUUCAUUCUUUGUACAGGGUGUUUCAGUGACAAUUCAAAAACUUGGUGCAUGUGUCCCCAUGCAGCGUUGAAAUGAGUCAGUGAAACAAAUUGCCGCUCCAUACAUUUAUGGCCUGCAUUGCUUGAGAAAGGCAUUGUGGGAAAAUAAUGCCAAUUCAAUUCACAGGCUCACAGAUGGGUAUCUGCAAACUGGUGUCAGUGUCAGGAAUGAUUCCUACUAAGUGGCCAUGUGUAAAACACCAACCGGCUUCAUUUCUGCAGUUCACAUACAGGAAAACUAGAACAACUUGUUCACAUUUAUCUCAGGCCAUUGAGAACGCAUUUGCACACAAAACAGUGACUUUUUUUUGUAGAACCUUACUUAGUAUGGUAAUUAGUAAUUGGCUUGCUGAACUAUCCAGAACUGAACAAAAGUUGCUCCAGCUUAUCAAAAACACUACCUUGAGUUGUUUCCUAUGCUCAAAUCACAUUCAUCAGGUAUCAAACUCAGCAUAGCAUUUAGUAUACCUUGGACAGUCAAAGGUUAAGGCAAUAAUUUUUGAAGAGUUAAGUGAAAUUUUAUUGUGAUUGAGAAGCAGUUAUUGCACAGUUUCUAGUGUCUGCCACUGGCCAGAAACUCGGGCCAGCAAAAUUUGUGGUUUUUUCUAACCACUGCGGGUGGGCGUCACUGAAACAGCCACUAUUUUCUUUGGGCAAUUUUCAUUGGUGUACUGUUCACUUUGCACUUUUAAGGCAUUGCACGCUGUGUACAGCCAAGAGCCCGAGAGGAACCCUAUUUUUAAAGUUUUCUGCAGCGCUUUGUGAACGGUUAUGCAAUGCUUGUUGUAAUCGUAGCUGCCUCAAAGGAGCAUGCAAACUACUAGCUGUGAUGGUUGCCUCUUUUUGUUGUUGUGCUUGCAUACCAAACAGCUACAGUUUUGAUGUCAUAAUUUUUUUCUUUGUGCAUCUAGAAGUGAGCAAGUUGGGCUUGCCGUGGGGUUCACUUUGGAGAGGUGUUCUGUAAAGCCUCGGUCGUGAUGCAUGAAAAAUUAUGUAUAUAUAAAAACAGUUCUUUUAUGUGACCUGCAAAGUGUUGGUGUGGUUACCGGGGGCUGUUGGAAGGUGGCACACUGGAGACAUUAUCUGCCACCUCUGUUUGUUGCAUUACGGGCUAAGUGGCCUCAAAGGAUGUGACCAUGUAAUAAAGUCGCUUCAAGCCUUUCGAUAA